AUGAGCCGCCGGCUGGAGGACACCUUUGAAGAAGAAGUCAUGGAAAGGAUUGAAAAGGAGGCCCAGAACCCAAUCCCGACAAUUCCUGUGGAGAGCCAAACCCAGGUUGCAGAAGUUGAUGACCAUCAACUUGUUGCCGGACACGAGGCGGCUGAGCAAAAGGAUACUGAGCCAGUGAUGUGCCCCAAAUGCCAAUUGCCCAUCAAUGCAGAGAACUCGGUGGCAAAAUACAUUGCCAAGGGCGAUUCUUCACAGAGUUCUUUCCUGUGCAAAUCAUGUCACUCUACUGAUGUGAUGUGCUCCCGCCACUUCUCAGAGAUGCCAUCUGGUUGGAACAAUCUUAGUGAUGAAGAGCAGGUGAGCUUCUACAGGCGAGUCCUUGCAGAGAAGCAGAGAGGGCCAUUGAGGUUCAAAGUCCUGAGGACUGAAUUGAAAGACACCUUGGUGAAGAAGAAGAUUGAAGAAACCAGAAAAGGCAGCAAGGGAAAAUUUGAGCCUCUUGAAACCUACCGUCUGAGAGGAUACGACAUUGAGAAAAUCCAGGAGUUGGCAGAGAUGGAAACACAUCCCAUUUUGGGACCAACGUACAGAGUUGAUAUCAAUCAUGUCUGCACAGAGUCGAUCGAGCAAACUGUGGAGGAGGCGAUCAAUGCUGUUGACAGGAAGGUUCUGCGUGAGAAGCUACCAGAGCACAUGAUCCCUAAGCCAAAGCCUAAGCCAGCUCCCAAGAAGAAGGGAAGAGGGAAAGGCAAGGGGGAACCUGAGGAACACAAUGAGGAUGAGAAGAAGGAGGAGGCAGUGGAGAUCCCGCCAGACCCAAUCUUCGUCGACCUGAUGGACAUGGACUCCUGCAGCGAUGCUGAAAUUCAAGUCAUUGAGCCGGGAGAGGAGAAGCUGACCGCGAAGCAGUUGGAAAGGAAACGAAAACGCGAGGAGCUCAAGGAAGCAAGGACUACGCGCGCCAAGCAAGAGAAGGGCAGCCGGGAAUUGGUGAAUUUGGCAUCCAAAGCCAUCACCUCAGUGCAGCCUGCAUUGACCAAACUUGAAAAUGCAGAGAAGUCCAUCGCUAAGUGCAGGGACAAGAUUGAGGACAUCACUAUCGAACAGUUGGAUGAAAGUUUGAAGUGGUGCAAGGAUGUCUUGACCGAAGCCCAUGCCAUCAUGAAGAAGGUCGGCAGUGGUGGAUUGGCGCUGGACAGUGAAUACACUGUGAUCCGCAGUAAAGUCAUUGGGCCUGAAGUCAAGGCGUGCAACUCUGUCGCCAAAGCAGUUGCAAUAGCCAAGAAGGGGGCCAAGUGA